AUGGGCAACAUAGAGAGUGGUCCCGAGGGUUCGCUGGGGGCCGUGGACUCCCUGAAGCAUCGAUUGCAGUCACUCGAGGAGACCAUCCGAUCCAUCGAGGUCGCUCAUCAGGAUGCCCAAGGUGACCACUUCCCGGCACCCGGCGCAGCGGAUAUGUGCCUCUACGGUGCUCGCCUGGUGUGCACGCCUGGCGUACAAGUCCUGACUGGUCCCGUCAUCGGCGAAGUUACCGAAAAUUCGGCGGUCGUCCUUCUGGAGGUGGACAUUGCACCCGAGUUAGGGCCAACGUCCCCAGUAACUUGCCACGUGUCCGUAUCAGAGGGUGCCUGCCGAGGCGGUCGCGUUGUUCAUUCUACAACUCUUACCCUACCGUCCCGCCGACCAAGGGCCUUUCGAAUAGGUGGGGGAAUAAGCAGCGUCAUCGGGCCCGGGCGAGUCUUCACCGUGUGCUUCGGUGGAGUUAGCGCAGAGGAUGCCCGUUUUCGCGUUGGAAGGUUUAGGACGCCCGGCACCUGCUUCGAGCCUUGUCUUGGAGCGAUAGCCGUGAGCGGGGAUCGCCCGGACCGACUCGCGCCGGGAGAGCCGUCGCUGUGGCGCGUCCUCCGCGAGCGCGUCGCGGUUCCGAGCAUCGUCCCGGGGAACGUUCCAGGUGCUAGCGGUGAAGGGAAAGAAGGGCACCAGCACUACUUUCCAAUCGACGUGGUCUUGCAUACCGGUGGUCAGGCGUGGAUGGCCGACGCCCUCGAGGACGCCUGGGAGCUGCUGAGGAGGCGGGCGAUGGAGCCGGUGCUCUGCGCCGACGGCGGGUGGCGGGAGGCGCAGGAAGAGGCAGACGAAUGCCUGCGUGAGGCCAUCCGGCGGUCGUGGAACCUCCCGGACAAGCGUGCCGUGCUGUCAUCGGUUUCCAACCUCAUGGUUUGCGGGGCCGCGGACUUGCACCCCGAUUUCGAAGGACAUUUGGCACGUGUUUCGUUGAAGUCAGGUGACGGUGUCAACGCGGGAAUGGGGAGUACAAGACGGGGAAUGAGAUCGACUCGGGCGUCCGGAAAAGAAAGGCAAGAAGUCCGGGCCCUUCACGCAGCGGUCCGAGCCUGCCGCCGCGUAUUCAGCGAGUACCAAGGCCAGCUCCUGUGGAAGGCGUUGUCGAAGGGAGGGGUGCGGGGGGGGGGGGACAUGGAGGACUUGACCCCGGCUUUCGAGGCAGAGGAGAAAGGCGUGGAAGAGGCCCUCGCCGAGACUCGUCGGGUCGAGCGAGACGAGGCCGUAAAGCAGAAGAAGGUGGCGAUGGCAGAGGAGGCUCUUCGCCGAGCCAAGGCGGCGGGUAGCCUCCCCACCGAGGGCGGCCUGCGCGCCGCGGAGGAGAGGAUCGACAAGAUACGCAAGCAAGCCAAGGCGGCCAGGGCUGCACGAAUUGCCCUGGCCAAGCGCGAGGUCCCAGCUGUGGCGGCGGCGGCGGCGACGCGGGCGUCUCAGGGAGGGUUUCUCAACCUGGGUGGGUCGAUUGGCCUCGUCCUUCUCGACACCGUGUGGUCGAGGGUGACUUGGGACGGCAAGAUCCACCAAGCAGGGGAGAACUCCCCGCACGGCGUGGACGGGGGCGGCACGGCAGCGGCACCGGAGGCGCCGCCGUUGCUGUCCCCCGGUGCAUGGGAGGCUCUUGAGCUCGAGCUGGGCAGGGACUCUGAGCUAAGGCUCCUGAUUGUCGUCAUGCGACACGCACUAGCGGGAGGCACGCCGCAUACCACGGCACGCUUCCCCUCGGCAUCCAGCGGCAACGACCAGGUGUCUGGCAACGCCAAAGCUGACGGCAGCGGCAGAAGUAAUCUCGACGGUAAUCCGCCGUCGCGGUCAAACUCGGCCUCGAUCUCGGCCUCGGAUGUUGCCGAUGACACCGGCAGCGGUGGGCGGGACGAGAGGGACCGCCUCUUGGAGCGCCUCUUCGCGUGGAAAGCCGGGGAGGCGUGGAGGGAAGUGGUGCUGGUCUGCGGCGCGGCGGAGGGGCGAGGCGGGCGGGGCGGGCUGCGCUCUGCGUGCGAAUUGGAGGUUUUGGACUCGAAGCACCCGGGGUGUACCAUCCGCCAGGUCGUCGCCGGACCCAUCACGGACACUCCCGGUGCGCCGCCGAGGGUGACGCCCGCCACCCCGGAUCCAACAAACGGCCGUCGGGGGUCCCGCGCCCCCCCCGAAGCCACCAGCGUCGGCGGCGGCCGAUUCUCUUACCGAUGGAGCCACCCCGGUUCCGCCAGCGGUGGAUCGGCUGCCGGCGACGGCAACGACGACUCGGGGCCCAAGGGCACGGCUCUCUCCUCCUCCUCCUCCUCCUCCUCCUCCUCCUCCUCCGACAAGGUCAACGCCGUCACCGCCGGCUCGUUCGGGGACGACGUCAGCGCGAUCACGACCGCACCCGGAGCGGGGUCGGCGCGCCCGUCCUCCCGACAGAGCAAGCUCGACGACGAAGGCCCAGUGUUGCCGCAAGCGAAGGCGGUGGCCGCAGCAGCACCGGGCUGGGACGACGACGCCGGCGGGGCCAGCGGCACCCCCGACAGCCGGCAGUCCUCGCGGCCGGCGACAGCGGCAGACGCCGACGGAACGGCGCCACGGCAAUCGACGACGACGACGACCGCGGACGAACGGCAGCGACGAUCCGCGGCGGCGCCCGUGUCCGCGCACGGGGAGCGGAGUUUUAUCGAGGCUUUCCUCGACGGGGGCCACUCGCCUUCCACCGCCGUCGCGGCCGGGAUGGACCCGGCGGCGAGCGCGCGGGGGGUCGCGGCGUCCGUGACGGCGAGGGCGGUGACGGUUACGUUUGUCGGCGCGGCGGUGGUGCUGGGGCCCGUGGUGGGCAGGGUGACGCAGCGGUCCGCGGUGGUUCUCGUGGAGGUCGGGAGCACGGCGGCGGUGGGGUGCGUGCUGACCGACGGGGCGACGGGGUGGCAGCACAAGCAGGUGCACCUCCUCUACCCAAGGCAACCGCACGCGUUCUUCUUCGACACGCUGGAAGAGAGCCGGCACUACAGCAUAUUUCUCGAAGGGGUGGACAACGGCGACGCACGCACGGGGGCUUUCACAACGCUCAAGGCAUGGCCGGACCGUCGGGAGCCUCCCGCCCUCCGAGCUGCCGUACGCCUGUCCGGCAACGGCGGCGACGACGACGACGACUACGAGCAAUCUCAAUCAUGCGACGUGCGCCUCCUCUUCGUCAGCGGGACGGGGCUCGCCAGCGCCGCACGGGGGCAACUCCGAGACGAGGGCGACGGUGGUGCUAGCACCGCCACCGCCGGCGAGGCGACGGCGGCGGACAUGUGGGGCGUGUUGGGGCGGGAGCUGUGGAGGCCGUGGCCGCAGGCGGACGUCGUCGUGCACACGGGCUCCCAGGUGGACCUUGAGGUCGCCGUGAUGGAGGCGUUGCCUAUCCUGUCUGCCGCGGAAGCGGAGGAAGAGGGUUCGGAGGAACGCGAGCAAGCCGAAGAGAUGGCCAUGGAGCGGAUCCGCGACGCCUACCGGUUCCAGUGGAGCCUCCCGGGCGCGAGGGUGUGUCUCUCUUGCGGCAGCCACCUCAUGGUGAGGGGCGAGGCAGACCUAGCUCUUCCUCAGCUCGACGGCUCUUCACGCCGAUCCUCGUCCUCGACUACCUCUAGCGCGCCCGGUGGCGUUGGGGUAAGCGCUGGCCGCCGCCGUCGGGGCGGCGGCGGAGGCGGCGGCGAGACUCUGGCAGCAGGAAAGGGAGGGCUCCUUGGUCUGCAAGUGAGCGCAUACGCGCGGAUUACGCUCGCUCGCUUGGCUUCACAGGCGUUCGACGACUACCAGCGGCAGCUGUGGGAUCCCCUGUCCGUGCCCAUGGGCCUCGACAUGAACGACGUGGGCUAUGCUCGCGGGGGGCCAGGUAUCGACAGCGUAGGGUCGGGCGACGGGUUCUUCCGAGAUGCCGCGAGUGUGGGGGGCGAAGGAGAGUGGCACUUUCACGUGUACGGGGAAACGGUCGGUCUUUUCGCGCUGGACGUUCGCGAGGGAAGCGCGGGGUUGCAGCGCGACGAGCGUGCCCCGCUUCUUUCCGACACGCAGUGGUCGUCUCUGGCGCGAGCCCUUAGCAUCGAGGAGAUCCAGGCGAUGGUCGUCGUGGGCGACGCGCCGUUCGUGUCGGACUCUAUUCUAGAUGCUCGGACCAAGGCUCGACACCCGUCGCACGCUCACCUGCGGCGCUCGUGGCCGUUUCACGGUGGCGAGCUUCUGCGGUUGGUGGGGAUGCUGGUAGAGUGGAAGACGGCUGGGGCAGUCGGGGGAGAACCUCGCGAGGUUACCCUGAUCGGGGGAGGUGUACAAUACCCGCUGGAAACCGUCAUCAACGAUUCUGCGUCGUCUGUUGCUAUCACACAGACGGUCUGCGGGCCGUUCUACGGCAUCCCGUCCCUCCAUGGAAGGGUAUUCGAGCCCGCGGGUGCGCUGAGUCAGCGGUUUUUCUACAGCCACACGAUCAACGACCCGCAGCAGCAACAGCCUGGCGGCGUUCACCCGGCGUCAGCUGCGUCGGACUACAAAGUCAUGCCCCCGCCGCGGCCGCUCAGCUCUACAUCAGACCGGCACGACGAAAACGGCAGCAUCGAAAACGGUGCCCUUGUCCCCGAAAUCGACAGUCCGUAUCGAUCCCCCUCGUGCGUCCUGGUGCGGUGCGAGGCCAGGGGGGCGGGACCUAGCGCCCGCCUCUUGCUGCGGAGUCGCUUCUUCACGGCCUCCUCGUGGGCGGCCUGGUGCAGCGAUGGUGAUGCCGGCGCAGCAGCAAAAUCAGCUAGACCGGCAUCGCCACUACCCCCCUCCACCGAGGCGAAUGUGCCUCCGCUGUCAGAGCCACCAGCAGACACAGGACGACCAAGAGCGGCCCCGCGGUGGGCCGUCACGGCGUGGCAAGAACAGGCCGAGACCACCUCCAAAAAACAAGGUGGAGGAGGGGGAAGAGGAGCAACGGAAGCAGCGGAUGCCCUAGCAGCGCUUUGCACGGACGAAAGUCUUUCUGACGUUCUCCUUGAAGCCUUCGAUCGAGUGUUAGACAUAAACGAGGGCGAGGACGAGGACGAAGCCCUGGCGGCCGCGCGGGCUGGGACCGGAGACGCAACUCGGAGGGUGUUCGAGAGUCUGGCCUGGGUGUACAACAACGCUGCCUGCGCCAGGGUCCGUGCGCUGUACCCCACACGCCCGUCCCCCAUCGUGGUUCGUCACCUUCUGAAGUCGGCACAGCAGCGAGGCAGCGGGUCCAGCAACAAUGCGGACGAAAACAAGGUGCCGCCACGACCAGCAAAGGUCAGCGAAUCAGUCGAAACGACCAUCGCGAAGGGUCGGCAGGGCAGGAGCGGUCAGAGGGGGGGCGGGGAGGGGAAAAUGACGAAGCGGUCUAAGACCAGAGAUGAGGGCGCGAAAGAAGGAGAAGCAAGGUCGUUGCUUCCGUCGUGGCUGUUCGUGCACUUACCGUUUCACGACGAAGAGAGCUUUGCCGAGUUUUUCUGCAAGGUUUUGAGGGGCUCAGAGCGUCUGGCGGCCGGGUUCGUCUAG